AUGGUUCAAUUGUCGCUUUCGACCGCCCUCUUCUUGGCAGCAACUGCCCUUGCGGCUCCCAACCGCCGCGCCUGUGUUGGACCUCCUAUCAACGAUGCUACCGUCCAACUCAUCAGGGACUCUGAGGGCUUUGUACCCUCACCCAAGCCUGACCCUGUUGGCUACCCCACGGUUGGCUAUGGCCACAAGUGCCAAAACUCAGGUUGCUCCGAAGUCAAGUUCCCGUUCCCUCUGAACGAAGAUACCGGAACUCAGCUGCUCAAGAGCGACAUUACUCCCGCUCAGCAGUGCAUCACCCUUGGAACCGGGUCUAAUGUUCGGCUCAACAUCAACCAGUAUGGUGCUCUGGUCGAUUGGGCAUUCAACAUUGGCUGCGGUGCCGCCAAGUCUUCUACCCUCAUCAAGCGUCUUAAUGCCGGUGAGGAUCCUAACACUGUUAUUGCCAAUGAGCUGCCGCAGUGGAACAAGGGCGGUGGCAAGGUCUUGCCUGGUCUUGUGAAGAGGAGGGCCGCUGAAGUUAAGCUUGCGCAGACGGCUACUGAUCAGGGUGCUCUUCCCGUUGGCUGUUAA